AAUGAAAGGUGUUUCGUUGUAAUUUCACUUACAUUUGGAGCUUGUUUCGCCUCAGCUAAUGGAAAAACGAAAGCCUCAAUAUAGAGAGAGAAACCACGAGAGAGAGUGUGGUGAGGCAGAAACCCUCUUUGCUCCUUUGAUAUCGAGCUGAUGGUGUGGUGAGAGAGCAGCGAGUUCGCAGAGAUCUAGAUAUGGCGCAAAAGCUUCAGCAGCAGCUGAAGGAGGUUGGAUCCAAGCUCGAGAGCCCUCCCUCAUCCAAAGACGCGCUCAUCAAGCUCUUGAAGCAAGCUACAAAUUUUCUCUCUGAACUGGAUCAAUCACCAUCAGAGUCAUUGUUGGAAUCAAUGCAGCCCUUUCUAGGUGCAAUUGUUAGGCCGGAACUGCUGAAGCAUCAAGAUAGGGAUAUUAAACUUCUGGUGGCAACGUGCGUUUGUGAGAUUACCAGGAUUACAGCUCCUGAAGCUCCUUAUAGUGAUGAUGUUUUAAAGGACAUCUUCCGAUUGAUUGUAAGCACUUUCAGUGGAUUAAGUGACACCAGUGGUUCAUCGUUUAGCAGGAGAGUUUUCAUCUUAGAGACUCUUGCAAGAUAUAGGUCUUGUGUUGUGAUGUUGGAUCUUGGAUCCAAUGAUCUUGUGAAUGAAAUGUUCAGCACUUUUUUCGCUGUUGCCAGUGAUGAUCAUCCAGAAAAUGUUCUGACUUCAAUGCAAACAAUCAUGGUGGUUCUCUUAGAAGAGAGUGAGGAUAUUCCUGAGGACCUUUUGAUCGUUUUACUGUCUGUUUUGGGUCGCAGUAAAAAUGGUUUUAGUACUGCUGCAAGGAGGAUUGCUAUGAAUAUUAUACAGAAUUGUGCUGUAAAACUUGAACCUGGAAUAAAGCAGUUUCUUAUCUCAUCAAUAUCUGGAGAUAUCAGGGCUUUGAGUAGUCAAAUUAAUUACCAUGAAGUCAUCUAUGAUAUUUAUAGCUGUGCUCCUCAGAUCCUCUCAGGUGUCAUCCCUUAUUUAACAGGAGAGUUGCUGGCAGAUCAGUUAGAGACUCGUUUGAAAGCAGUGAGGUUAGUUGGAGAUCUUUUUGCUCUGCCAGGUUCUACUGUCUUUGAAGCAUUUCAGCCAAUAUUUUCUGAGUUUCUGAAGAGGUUGACUGAUAGAGUAGUUGAAGUUCGAAUGUCUGUCCUGGAACAUGUCAAUAUCUGUCUGCUGUCAAACCCAUUUAGAGCUGAAGCUCCUCAAAUCAUCUCUACCCUCUGUGAUCGCCUUUUGGACUAUGAUGAGAAUGUCCGUAAACAAGUUGUUGCUGUAGUUUGCGAUGUCGCAUGUCAUUCUCCGACUUCAAUUCCAGUUGAAACUAUAAAACUUGUUGCAGAACGCCUUCGAGACAAAUCUCUAAUCGUUAAAAAGUAUACAAUGGAGAGGCUGGCUGAGAUAUAUAAGCAUUCUUGUUUGAGUUGUUCAGAUGGUCCAGUCAAACCCUGUAAAUUUGAUUGGAUUCCGGGAAAGAUUUUGAGAUGCUUAUAUGACAAAGAUUUUAGAUCAUAUACAAUUGAAUCAUUCCUGUGCGGAUCAUUGUUCCCUACAGAGUUCUCAAUAAAAGAUAAGGUUGAACAGUGGGUAAGACUCUUUUCAGGAUUUGACAAAGUUGAGAAUAAGGCUCUUGAGAAGAUACUCGAGCAGAAGCAAAGGUUGCAACAAGAGAUGCAGAGAUAUCUCUCUCUUCGGCAGAUGUAUCAGGGCAGUGAUUCUCCUGAGUUGCACAAAAAAGUUCUCUUGUACUUCCGAAUUAUGUCUCGUUGUUUUUGCGACUCGGUAAAGGCUGAGGAGAACUUUCAGAUUCUUGAUCAGUUAAAAGACACUAGUGUCUGGAAGAUUUUAACGUCUCUACUUGAUCCAAAGACUGGCUUUGUUCAAGCUUGUCGUUUUCGGGAUGAUUUGCUUAGGAUCCUUGGUGAGCAACAUCAGCUCUACGAUUUUCUGAGCUCCCUCUCAAUGAAGUGUUCAUAUUUACUUUUCAACAAGGAGCAUGUAGAAGAACUUCUUCUUGCGGUUACCAGACAUAAAUUGGCUGGAAGUGCACAAUUUACCCUAUCUUGCAUGAAUUUACUUGUGAUUCUUGCGCGCUUCAGUCCAUUGCUGUUCAGUGGGGCUGAGGAUGAUUUAGUACAGCUCCUUAAAGAUGACACUGAAGUAAUAAAAGAAGGCGUUCUGCAUGUUUUAGCGAAGGCUGGUGGAAGCAUUCGAGAGCAACUGGGGGCAUCCUCUAGUUCAGUAGAACUCAUUUUGGAAAGGAUAUGCCUAGAGGGCAGCCGAAGGCAGGCCAAGUAUGCUGUACAUGCCCUGGCCGCAAUAACAAAGGAUGGUGGGCUUAAGUCGCUCUCUGUUUUGUACAAGAGGCUUGUGGAUAUGCUGGAGGAGAAGACAAAUUUGCCAUCUGUGCUGCAGUCUCUGGGGUGCAUAGCACAGACUGCAAUGCCUGUUUUUGAAACUAGAGAGAGUGAAAUUGAAGGGUUUAUAAAAAGAAAAAUUCUAGAAUGCAGUCAUAGGGUGGAAGACAAUAAAAGACAAAGUUGGGAUGACAGAAGUGAACUUUGUUCAUUGAAGAUAUUUGGUAUUAAAAUGUUGGUCAAGAGCUACUUGCCUGUUAAAGAUGCUCAUCUUCGUCGUGGCAUUCAUAAACUUUUGGGAAUUCUUAAAGACACAUUGUCUUUUGGUGAGAUCUCAAAAGAUAUAGAAUCAAGUUCAGUUGAUAAGGACCAUUUGAGGCUUGCCUCAGCAAAGGCCAUUCUUAGACUUUCGAGGCAUUGGGAUCAUAAGAUACCUGUUGAUGUCUUUUAUUUAACUCUAAGAAUAUCAGAGACCAAUUUUCCUCAAGCUAAGAAAUCAUUCCUAAUCAAAGUCCAUCAGUAUAUAAAGGACCGGCUUUUGGAUCCAAGAUACGCUUGUGUCUUUCUGUUUAGCUCAAUUGGAUCUCAUCCACUAGAGAUUGAAGAGGACAAACAGAACUUAGCUGACAUUAUUCUUAUGUGUCAGCAAGCAAAGGCACGACAGCUUCCUAUGCCAUCUGAUGCAAAAUCCCAGAUGGCUUAUCCAGAAUACCUUCUCCCAUACAUUAUCCAUGCUCUUGCUCACCAUUCUUCAUGCCCUAAUGUUGAGGAAUGCAAGGACGUUAAAGCUUUUGAAUUAACAUACAGGCGGCUGCACUUAUUUCUUUCUAUGCUGAUGCAUGGGGAUGAAGAUGGAAAGUCAGAAGCAAGUACCAACAAGGAAAAGGAAACCAUUUCUACCAUUAUUUCUGUCCUACAAAGCAUCAAGCGCUCAGAAGAUGUGACUGACACAGCAAAGUCCAAGGACUCUCAUGCGAUUUGUGACCUUGGUCUGUCUAUCACCAAGCGCUUGGCUGGAAAACACAAUGAUCUUCAAGGCUUGAUUGCACCUGUCUCUCUGCCUCAAAUGCUUUACAAACCUUGUGAGAAGAAAGAGGGUGAUGACACACUGGUCAGCGAAGUGAUGACAUGGUUAGCUGAUGAGAGUGUCUUGACCCACUUUGAGUCACUGAAGUUAGAAACUAAUGAAAAAGUCCAGCCGGAUGGGGUUAUGGAUGAAGUUUUGAAAGACAGUGAAGGAGAUGGAAAUGAUGUGCCUCUAGGUAAAAUGUUAAAACGUUUAAAAUCUCAGGGAAUCAGGGGGAAAAAAUUGGUGAAGAAAAGGUCUUCUCCAGCUGAAGCCAAUAAUGCAGUGAAUGAUGUUGAUAUCUUGAAAAUGGUGCGGGAAAUAAAUUUGGAUAAUCUGGGGAUAUCUAGUAAGUUUGAAUCAACAAAUGGUCAUGAAAGAUUUCUAAGUAAAAGAAAAAUUGAUGAAAAACAUCCCAAAAGGAAAAGAGAAAAAGCUAGUGAUGCAACAUCUAUUCCGGUGCCCAAACGCCGAAGGUCAUCAUCUGGUCAAGGUGUUCACAAAUUUUCUCACCCAAGGAGAAAUUCAGAGGGUUUGGUACGAACUUCAACUAAAACUCUGCCUCAAGCUGCAGUGCUUUUGUCUCGAUCCACAGAAAAGGAAUCUGAACUCCUAACUGAAACAGGAGAUAAAACGUUUAUGCAGGAGAGAGUGGCUGAACCUGCUGAGUCAGACUUGUUGGUAUCAUGCUUCCUUAGGAACUCAAAUUUCUCAUCAAAACAUGAAGACAAAGGCUUUAAUAGGACUUAUGACAAUGAGACCUCUAAAGUUGGAGAGACCGAUGACUAUGAUUUGAAGAAGCCUGUUGUGACACUGGAGACCAAUAAGACUAAAGCAGCUACUAAUCUCAAGGCUUCCAUGGUGUCUGUCAAGAAACGAAAGCGAAGAAGCAUCGCGGGAUUGGCAAAGUGCACAUUGAAGGAAGCUGGAAGUCAUACGACUGACUUGGUUGAUUGCAGAAUAAAAGUUUGGUGGCCAUUAGAUAAGCAGUUCUAUGAAGGGGUGGUGAAGUCGUAUGACCCUGAAAAAAAGAAACAUGUGGUACUUUAUGAUGAUGGAGAUGUGGAAGUGCUCCGAUUAGAAAAGGAGCAAUGGGAACUUAUUGACAAUGGUUGGGAGCCUGCCAAGGUCUUAAAUUUUCAGAUGUUAAAUUCUUUGAAAAGCCACCCUUCUAAACAAAUAUCACUUGAGCAGGAAAAUAAAUUUUUUGGUUGUUCAGAACAGAAUAAGAACUCAAAUAAGAUGGUAAGGGGAAAAAGAACUCUUAGAAAAAAUUUGAAGCAUCGUGGAAGAAGGGUAUUAGAGAGAGGAGCUACUAUUCAAUUUAGUGAAGCUGAGAGCAGGGAUGCUGCAACAUGCAAAGUUGAUGAUUUUAACUCAGGUGAUUCAAAAGGGGAACAGAUUGGAAGAAUGGAAGAGUGUCUAACAGGUGAGGAGGUUUUGGAGGAAGAAAAAUUAGUUCCUGAAAGGAAACAGUUGGCAGAUACUGAAAAGAGCCCUAUGGAUGGACCUAUAGAACAUAGAAAACCUUCUUCUGACAGGGAACAGGUUGAAGAUACUGUAGUAGGUAUCCCUGGAAAUGCUAAGGACCCCAUUGUAGAAGUUAAAUCUCAUUCGGAGCAGGAAGUUCCAGAUAAAUCAAGGGAAGACUCUGGAGACGAAGCAGAUAAAGAACAAUCAUCUAUCUCCAAAGGGAAUCAAGCUGAUGAUGCUGAAAACAGUCCUGAUCCAAAUGAAUCAGGGGAGAGAACUUCAGAUUCUUCCGAUUCCCAUGAUGCGGAAGUUUCUGACAAUGAGCCUCUUGGUGUGUGGAAGCGUCGGGUAAGGAGAUCAGAUUGAGGCAUCUAGGAAAGGAUAGCAGUGAAGAGGUCAGUUACUAUGAUAUACCGUAUCCAAAAAUAAUUACACCACUGUAGUAUACUAUCUUCGUGAAUUCCAGUGCCCAUUUUAAUCAUGUAGUCUACUUAAGGUUAGGAUUAUAUAUCUAUUUAGCCCAGUUACACAAAUAAGAAACUGUACGGAGAAGUUGCCAUUUGGCAGCAUGUCAUAUGUAAGAUUAAUAGAAGGCAGUGGCACAAUUAUGUUGAUUUCAUCCUGUAUCUGGGCACUGGUGUAUGGAGGGUUGGGGGUUGCGGUGGGAUUAGAUUUCUAUGUAGCCUCUUGUACAGUUAUACAUGACGUAUGCUGUAAGGCAACCUGGGUUCCUUCUGCUUUUUGCGUUCAACUUGUUAGCUUUCUUAUGUGUAAAUCUUCACCUAUUUAAGUGAUUCUCCUGCGCUGGUCCAUGUGGUUUUGCUA